CUGUAGUUGGCUAUUCGUUUGCUUGUCGUUCGCUGUCGUCCAUUGUCCUCCACUUAUCGUCCGCCGCGAGCUGUAAUUGUGUUGCCUGGCCGGCUGGUACCGGGUACGUAAUACUGGGCCGGCUUGUGAGUGAUAUUGCUCAAUGUCAUCUGGUCUGGCCUUGCCUUGCCUUGCCUAUGCCGUGCUUGUCCAUAUUCACUCUCAUAAUCUUUCUUUACACUGCAGUGCAGACAGUCUAUCUCCUCUCGUUGGCCAAUCAAUAAGCGAGAAGGAAGACGGAAUACGAUCCACGCCAUAUUCUUCCAAGCGCGAUAGAAAGCGACGACCUCAACCUCAUAUAAAUAUUACACUCUCCCCUCAACAACAAUCUCUUCUCUUCUUUCUUCUGUCCCGUACCACAAUACACUCUGAUCGUGCACAACUACAUUCAAAGCCCACAGCAAACAAUUUCCUCUCAAACAACCACAUCCAAAACAUUCCUAGGGCCAUUGCCCAGAUAGUCAAGACGUUUUCCAAUCUUCUCAACUCGUACGUACCCCACCAUACCCCAUACCGUGAUAACCCACAGUACACCACCAACCUACUCCCGACCUCGAACCACUCUACACUCAGCAUACAUUCAUGGCCAUCUACGGCAACAAUAGAAAGAAAAUUAGCAGUACACUAACAUGUAUCUACAGCGUCCACCACCCAUUCGCAGGCCGACGCACCGCACCUUCGGGAGCAGCAUCGGACUUAGACUACCGCAGAUAAAUUCAAUUCUGCGGUCCAGCCAAUCAAAGCUUCGUAUCAAUCAAUCAACAUGGCUCCUCACGCAGAUGAAAGCAACGGCACUGUGAAUGGGGGUGUAG